CUUGCAGCGCUAACAUGGCCGCAUGUGUGAACGCUCUCUAACGGGGAAGUAUUCGGGACGUAACUUCAUGCUCCCUACAUAAGGUGUGACAAGCUAACCUAACACACUAGUGAGCUUCUUCACCACGUCUAGUGUACAGUACUCACUGAACGCUCACCAGGAAGUGCCCAGGAUCCUCAUACAGGAUUCAUCCUGCGUUUUGUCCCCGCAGGCCUUCCAUAUAAAACCAGCCGCACGGGAAGCUGGUGACGUCAGCACGCCGGACCCCGCCCACCUGCUUCAUUCCGCUUCAUUCUAUUCCAUUUCCUUCUUCUUUUUUUUUUUUUUUUGCAUCCAUUUUUCCCGCAUUUAAGAAAUCUGUGGGGGAAAGAAAUGAUGACCCAGGAGGAGAGGAGAGGAGAGAGGAGAGAGAACACGGAAGCGCGGUGGAGGUUAUAAAGGGAAAGAGGGGAAAAAAGGAGGGAAGAAGGAAGACAAAAAAGGGAGGAGGGCGCAGAAAAUAAAUAAUAAAGGAAAUAAAAUAAUAAUAAAAAAGGCCUCGGGAUUGAUAUAUGUGAUCAUUCUCCUGUUUGUGAUGGAUGAGCGCGAGCCGGGUGUGUGCACAGGACGCAGUGGGCAUGGGUUAGACUGGGAUUAGUCAUGAUGUGGAGAUAAAACAUCUCUUUUUGAAAAAGAUGUCAGCUCCGGAGAUGCCGGACCUGAGCCACCUGACCGAGGAGGAGAGGAAGAUCAUCCUCUCGGUCAUGGAUCGGCAGAAGAAAGAAGAAGAGAAGGAGCAGUCCAUGUUGAAGAGGCUGCAUCAGCAGUUUGAGAUGUAUAAGGAUCAGGUGAAGAAGCUCGGUGAUGAGGCUCAGAAGACUCAGGAGCAGAAGAGCGACUCUCCAACCUGCGGAAUUUGCCACAAAACCAAAUUUGCCGACGGCUGCGGCCACAUGUGUUCUUAUUGCCAAACCAAGUUCUGCGCUCGCUGCGGGGGAAGAGUGUCUCUGCGCUCCAACAAGGUAAUGUGGGUGUGCAAUUUGUGCCGAAAACAACAAGAAAUCCUCACCAAGUCAGGCGCCUGGUUCUAUGGAGGUGCUGAGGGCCGAAGGUUAGGACCUGAGGUCAAAGGUCAUCUAGACCCAUCUGGAUUAGCUGUGAAAAGCGCUUCAGGUGUUCCAGUGGACAGGAGAAGAAGCCCAUCGGCGUCCAGGACUCACAAAGGGGACGUCGUAGGACGAUCUCAGCAUGGGGACGGCGUCAUACCUCGCUCUCCGUCUGACUCGAACCGCUGGCGCUACCAGGAACGCCACAGGGACGUUCAGAUAGACGAGCGCGAGCUCCAGCGGCAACGCGAGGAGGAGUAUCGCUCUCGGUACCGCAGCGACCCCAACCUUGCGCGGUACCCUGUUAAACCGCAGCCCUACGAGGAGCAGAUGCGAAUCCACGCUCAGGUUUCUAGAGCACGACACGAGCGGCGCCACAGCGACGUUUCCUUGGCUUUCACAGAGCUCGAAGAGGCUUACAACGGUUUUGACGGCCAACGCCCCACGUCAAAGCGCUCGUAUUCCGUAGACAGAAGCUCGCCGGCUCUCAGGACAUUCAGUAAAGCACACCGUCUGGACCCGGGCAUGAUGGAUGGUGUGAUGAGGACAGACUCGCUCAGCUCGGAUCAGUCAGACUCGAUGAGGCCUGUGAGGAGCCGGAGAUCAGGACGGUUCAGGGCGGCGGGGAGCUUCAGCAGUUCGGAGGAGGAGAUCAACACCACGCCGGAGUACACGAGCUGUGAGGAUGUGGAGCUCGAGUGCGAAUCCUUUGGUGAGAAAGGAGAUAUGGACGGCCACUGGUGGGAUUAUGCGUCUUGGCAUAACGAGUCCUCGCCAAUGUCUAUGCACCCGGUGACGUGGCAGCCGUCCAAAGACGGAGAUCGGUUAAUCGGGCGGAUUUUACUGAACAAGCGGAUGAAGGACGGCACGGUGCCCCGAGACACGGGCGCUCUGCUGGGCCUCAAGGUGGUUGGAGGGAAAAUGACUGAAUCUGGUCAGCUUUGUGCUUUUAUUACCAAAGUGAAAAGAGGAAGCUUAGCGGAUACAGUCGGCCAUCUCCGACCAGGAGACCAGGUUCUCGAGUGGAACGGCAGAGUUCUUCAGGGAGCCACGUUUAAAGAAGUUUAUAACAUUAUUCUCGAGUCCAAACCUGAGCCGCAGGUCGAGCUCCUGGUCUCGCGGCCCAUCGGUGACGUACCCAGAAUCCCCGAGAGCACACAUGGACAGCUUGAAUCCAGUUCAAGUUCAUUUGAAUCGCAGAAGAUGGGUCCAGCCAUUUCCGUCACGUCUCCUAUGAGUCCCGGCGUCCUUCGUGAUGCUCCACAGCAUCUGUCCGGACAACUUUCAGUUAAGCUGUGGUACGACAAAGUGGGACACCAACUCAUCGUCACCAUUUUGGGCGCCAAAGACCUGCUCGCUCGAGAGGAUGGCCGUCCCAGGAACCCCUACGUCAAAAUUUACUUCCUUCCUGACAGAAGUGAUAAAAGCAAGAGAAGGACGAAAACAGUGAAGAAGUCGCUAGAACCUAAGUGGACCCAGACGUUCAUGUACUCGCCCGUGCACAGGCGUGAGUUCAGGGAGCGAAUGCUGGAGAUCACGCUGUGGGACCAGGCACGGGUUCGAGAGGAGGAGAGCGAGUUCCUUGGAGAGAUUUUAAUAGAGCUGGAGACGGCCCUGCUGGAUGAUCAGCCUCACUGGUAUAAACUCCAAACGCAUGACAUUUCCUCCAUGCCGCUGCCGAACCCUUCACCGUACCUGCAGAGACGCUUCGUACAGGGAGAGAGUCCGACACGGAGACUACAGAGAUCACAGCGAAUCAGUGACAGCGAGUUUUCUGACUACGACUGCGAGGACGGAAUUGGCGUCUUAUCAGAUUACCGGCACAACGGCAGAGAGAUCCAGAGCUCCACUCUGUCCGUUCCCGAGCAGGUCAUGUCGUCCAAUCAUCGCUCUCGAUCGGACGUGAUGCGCAACCGCUCUCGUUCUCCCAGCGUUCCUCCUCCUCACAGUCGGAGUUUGGACCACGGCGUGAGAGGACCGGUGCAUUACGGGCCUCGACAUCGACUAUCUGAAGACCGAUAUUCUCCUGAUAGAAACUCAGUCACUCACCCUCAUCGAGUCCGAACCAGAUAUCACACCAUCGAUACGCCUUUCCAGGACCACAGGAACUGCAGUAAUGCUAGCCAACAACCGCAUUACAGGUCGAGGUCGGCCGACCAGCGCCCGAUGAUGGAGAGACAGUUCUACACGCGCUCGCGCUCGUCCGAGCGUCCUGAACCGUCCUACAUGAGGUCCAUGCCGUCUUUACCCUCCAGGAGAUCCGCCCCUCCCUCUCCUGCCUUAACGAGGGCGAAUCCUCGGGCCGGAUCGGUCCAAACGAGUCCCUCGGGCACGCCGGCGUCCGCCCGGAGAGGUCGGCAGCUGCCGCAGGUCCCUCCGAAGGGCUCCGUCGACAGAAAGGAGGGGAAGAAGAAGAAACCGGUGCGUUUGGCCAUUCAGAGGAGUGUAGAGACGGGCUUGGCCAUUGAGAUGAAGAGCAGAAUGACACGACAGCUGAGCAGAGAGACGGCUGAGGAAGGCGAGAAACCCAAACCGGGAAAUCUUAUUUUCCCCGGUGUAAAAAUCUCAACAGACAGUCAGUUCACCGAGUUCUUGGACGGUCUAGGCCCUGCCCAACUUGCUGGGAGACAGACACUUGCCACGCCCCCAAUGGGCGAUAUCCAGAUCGGCAUGGUGCACAGGAAAGAGCGUCUUGACGUGGAGGUGAUUCGUGCUAGAGGUCUGGUGGGAAAACCGGGCAACAAACAGACGCCAGCACCCUACGUUAAAGUCUAUUUACUGGACAACGGGAAGUGUAUAAACAAGAAGAAAACGAGGCUGGCAAGGAAAACACUGGACCCUCUAUAUCAGCAGCAGCUGCAGUUCGAGGAGAGUCCUGAGGGAAAAGUGUUACAGAUCAUUGUGUGGGGAGAUUACGGCCGCAUGGACCACAAGUCAUUCAUGGGCGCUGCUCAGAUCCUGUUGGACGAUUUAGAGCUCACCAACAUGGUCAUCGGCUGGUACAAACUGUUUCCCCCCACCUCGUUGGUGGAUCCGACGUUAGCUCCUUUGAGCAGAAAAGCUCCUGAAGGAGCGACUGACAAAUCAAAUGUUCGCUCAUAAUGGCGCCAAGAUGUCCUCUGCAUGCUUCAUGCUGCGUCCCGUGGGAAGGCUGAGCGCAAGAACACGCCGCUGUCUUCCUGCUGCCAAAAGAGAAAUGAGGAAACGGGGAGACGCGGGAGCCGAGCAUUUGGGUUCGAGCAUCGUUAAUGUCAGACAGACAGACAGACAGACGGCUCAGAGGUCCGAAGCUCGACUCAAUGUGGGAUAGAAGAAGACAAAUAACACUUAAACAGAAGUCGAACUUAAACAGAAUAGAUCUUUUUGGGAUGGAAAGACACCAACCUUUGGCUGAUUUGUUUCCUUUUCAAAUGGAGAACAGUGUGAUUUUUCCAGAGCUUUGGAUGUCUGUAGAGAAAUGAGAAGAAGACACCAACAAAAAGCCAUGCGGACCAACAAAGGGUAGGCUGAGAAAAUGAGAAGAACAGAUGGUUACAGUGGAGCUCAGAAAUCCCAAACUCGACUCCGUCAACAAGGGUGUGGCUGGAAGACGUGACGAAGAACAAAAUGAAGCUCUCUUAGGAUAACGUAUACAGAAAGAGGAACAAAGGUCCAGCUUUUGAGAGAAAGAUGACAAACCUCGGCUGUUCUGUUUCAUGUCAGUGUUGUUUUUUCCAGGACUUGGGUGGAAAAAAUAAAUAAAUAAAUAAAUAAACAAAAAUGCACAAAAAGGCAUGUGGACCAACAGUACUGGGGUGAAGAGAAGAUUAAAAUGGACGAAUCCAGGACAAGAACAAUAAAGCCAAUUUCAGCUGAUUUAAAGAGAACGAUGGUCACAAUAACAUUUAUUUGGACGUUUUGUUUCAUAUGCAAAAGAACCUCAGUGUUCUCCAUAAAGAGUUUGGGAUAUCUGCAAAAAAAAACAACAACAACACUACACAAAAAAGCCAUGAGUGGGCUAACACGAGCAAGAGAAAGAGAGAAGAAGCUGAGAAUGACGUCUCCAAAGCCCUACUGCACUUCCUCCAUCAAGCCAGAUAAAUAUCAUUAAUUAUCAAAAGUUCCUGUUUUAAUAAACAUUCAAAAACAAAUCUAGAGAAAAAAAGAGAACUCUUUUACGCUCUGGUAUGAUGCUAUUUUCAGUGAUGUACUGUAUUAAAGUCAUGAGAAGAAUUUAUCUUUUCUUUUUCUUUUCUUUUCUUUUUUUUUGUGCAUGGAUGCAAAUGAUACAAAUAAAAAUAUAAUUUUCUUCAAGGCUGCUGCUAAUAAAAGAAAAAAGAAAAGAGACGGAAACGAGAGCCCGGUCGGCCAUUUUGAACGGUUUCUAUUCAGUUGAAUGAAGAGAAAUCUCCAGUGCAUGCUUUACAGUAAGAGUGACUGUGUUGAAGAUUAAGAUGUGGUUGUUGUUGUACGUCUGUAUUUGUUGCAGAUCAGCAGCGGUGUGAUCUGGGAAAAAUAAAACCCAUUUCCUAAUAGAAAAAGACUUUUUUUAAAUACCAUAUUUUCCAGACUACAUUGUGCCGUGUUUUUCACCUUGUAGUUGCUACAGUACGCAUAUCAUAAUUCUUGCUUACGCUGAUUCUUAGUGUGAUUAUUUUUCUAAACAAAUAGAGAAACUGAAAUCACACAUUUUAAUAAUCGUGCGUAAACAAUAACAAUAACAACCGUCCUGGUGGAUAGAAAUCACCAACGUUUAGCCAGAAGGAAACCUCCGUGCUCAACAUGUUAGUGUUUAUCUCCAUGCAGAUUUUAGCAGGAUAUGACUCA